AUGGCUCCCAUUAAACGAAAGGCUCAGACCGAGGAGCGCGAUGUGAAGCGCUCCAAGGCUGAUAGCACAGCGGAUGCCCCUGUGAAAAAGAGGCAACCCACAGAGUCUAAGGAACAGGGCGACCGAAACCCAGUCAAGGCCUCGAUCUUGUCGCAAGAAGAGCGCGCUUUUCCUCGUGGUGGUGCGAGCGUCUUGACCCCUCUGGAACACAAGCAGAUCAAGAUCCAGGCCGAACGCGACGUCCUUUUCGAGCAAUCCGGAGGCAAGAAGCAAAAGUCCGACGACUAUUCAGACAGCGAGAAUGAGGAUGCUGCCGGUGGUGCCGAAGGUGGAGCCGCACCCAAGAAGAAGAGAAAGACAAAGGCCGACAAGAGAGCUGCUAAAGCUGCAGAAGACGACAAGCCUCAGAUCAAGAUCCACGGUCUGAGCUACAAGAACCUGGCUGUAGGCACUCUCGUACUCGGUCAAGUCACCGACAUCACAUCCCGCGACGUUGCUCUCGCUCUACCCAACAACCUCACAGGAUUUAUCCCCUUGACGGCAAUCUCGGACAGGGUUAACCAAAAGAUUGAGGCUCUGCUGGCCCAGGCCGACGAGGAUGUCAAGGACGAGAGCGAAGACGAAGACGACGAUGACCUCGACCUGAAGUCGCUAUUCCACGUUGGACAGUGGCUCCGAGCCAUCGUCACCUCGACCGCCGAUGAGACAGCCGCCAACGGAACCCGCAAAUCAAAGAAGAGAAUCGAACUGUCGGUCGACCCGAAACAAGCAAACCUUGGUCUCUCGACCUCAAAUCUUCCUGUUCACUCGACCCUGCAGGCCUCGGUUCGCAGUAUUGAAGACCACGGUCUGGUCAUGGAUCUGGGCCUGGACGACGAGUCUGUCAGAGGCUUCGUGUCCAAGAAAGAGCUAGGAAAGGUUUUCGACAUCUCGAAGAUGCACGAGGGUCAGGUUAUGCUUUGUGUUGUCACUGGCAAGGCUUCGGAUAACAAGGUCAUCAAGUUGGCUCCUGAUUUUACAAAGAUGGGAGACAUCACAAAGCACUGUCUGUCGGAUGCUCCUACCAUCGAUGCUUUCCUGCCUGGUACUGCUGUUGAGGUUCUGGUUACCGAAUCAAGCCGCGGAGGUAUCGCUACAAAGGUUAUGGGUAUGCUCGAUGCAACCGCCGAUGUCAUCCACUCUGGUGCUGGUGCCCGCGUAGACGAUGUGUCAAAGAAGUACAAGAUUGGUUCAAAGGUCAAGGCUCGUGUCAUCUGCACUUUCCACUCAAACGACUCCAAGAAGAUCGGCAUCUCCUUCCUCGAUCACGCCGAUAAGAUCGGUGCCUCCUCGAUCGUUGAAGAUGCUCAGGUUGUCCACGUUGAGCCUGCCAUGGGUCUGUUCUUCAAGCUCACAGGCUCUUCGAAUCCUGGUUUCGCUCACAUUUCCAGAAUCUCCGACAAGAAGGUUGAUAAUCUCAACGAAACCAUUGGCCAAUACAAGCUCGAAUCUACCCACCGCGCCAGAGUCCUUGGCUUCAAUCCCGUCGAUGGUGUCUACAACGUAUCUCUUGAGCAGAAGAUUUUGGACCAACCCUUCCUUCGUAUCGAAGAUGUUGAAGUCGGUCAAGUUGUCAAGGCUACCGUCAUGAAGAUUAUCUUGGGAGCCAAGGGUAUCACUGGUGUCCUUGUUCAGCUUGCUGAUGGUAUUGACGGUCUGGUUCCCGAAUCACACAUGGCCGACGUAAAGCUGCAACAUCCCGAAAAGAAGUUCAGAGAGGGCUUCCCCGUCACUGCCCGGGUCCUCACAGUGGACCCCGAGAGAAAUCAAAUUCGUUUGACUCUGAAGAAGACUCUCGUCAAUGCUGAUGCCAAGAUCUGGAAAGCAUACGAAGACAUCAACGUUGGAGACGAAGCCCCCGGUACCAUCAUCAAUAUCAAGCCCAACGGUGCAGUUGUCCAAUUCUACGGCAGAAUCAGAGCAUGGCUCCCCGUUGCCGAGAUGAGCGAAGCAUACAUUGCAGAUCCCUCUCAGCACUUCAGACAAGGGCAAACUGUCAUGGUUCAUGCCAUCUCUGUCGACGCUGAGGCCAACGAGCUCAAGGUCUCCUGCAAGGACGCCUCUGCUUUCGGCAAGGACGAGGAGUCUGCCUGGACCGACCUGAAGGAAGCCCAACUCAUCAAUGCUUCUGUAACCGAGGUCACCGGUGAGAGCGUCAUGCUUGAUCUGGAAGGCUCAAACCUCAAGGGAACGCUUCGUCUGGCACACCUUACCGACGGAUCAGACGCAAAGAACAAGUCAACCUUGAAGCAGAUCAGAGUCGGCCAAAAGCUCAACGAGCUUGUUGUCUUGGAAAAGCUAGACAGAAGACAUUUGGUUAUCCUGAGUAACAAGCCUAGCUUGGUCAAGGCCGCCCACUCAAAGACUCUUGUCAACCAGUUCAAGAGUCUGUCACAAGGUCAGGAGGUCAGCGGUUUCGUACGAAACAUUACACCUGAUGGUGUGUUUGUCGAGUUUGCUGCUGGUCUUGUCGGUUUCAUGCCCAAGACUCAGAUCACAGAGGAGAAGCUCGCUUUGCCCGCCUUUGGUCUGCGCAAGGACCAGUCCAUCUCCACUAGAAUUCUCUCUGUCAACAACGACUCCAAGCGCUUUGUGUUGACCACCCGUACUGAGCAGAGGAAGGAGGAGAAGCCUCAAGCCGCUGUACCCACCACCGUUACUAACCCUGUCGAUGGAGUCUCUACCUCGCUCACCGAUUUCACUCUUGGUAAAGAGACCCAAGCACGCAUCGUCUCAAUCAAGGACACUCAGCUCAACGUUUUGCUCGCCGACAAUAUCCAAGGUCGCAUCGACGUUUCUGAGGUUUUCAACAGCUGGGAGGACAUCAAGGAUCGCAAGAAGCCCCUGCAAAAGUUCAAGGCCAAGCAGGUCAUUCCCGUCAAGGUCCUCGGUAUCCACGAUGCUCGCAACCACCGCUUCCUACCCAUUACACACCGCCACUCUCGCGUCCCUGUUCUUGAGCUUACCGCCAAGACCAACUCAUCUCUGAAGUCAGAGUCUGAUAUCCUGACUCUUGACCAGGUCGAGGUCGACUCUACCUGGAUCGCAUACGUCAACAACAUCGGUGACAAGUGCUUGUGGGCUAACUUGUCUCCCAACGUCCGUGGUCGUAUUGACUUGCUCGAUGUUUCGGACGAUGUCUCUCUCCUUCAGGACAUCUCCAAGAAUUUCCCUGUCGGCUCUGCUAUCCGUGUCAAGGUCAAGAGCGUCGAUGCUGCCAUCAACCGUCUUGAUCUCGUUGCCGCUUCUGCUGCUUCAACUGCUCCUGUCACCCUCAAGACUCUUACAGAUGGUCAAAUUCUUGCAGGAAAGGUCACCAAGGUUAGCGAGCGCAACGUCAUUGUCCAGCUCAGCGACUCUGUCUCUGGCAUCGUCACCUUGACCGAGUUGUCAGACGACUUUACUGAGGCCAACCCUACUACCCAUACCAGAGGUGAUAUUGUUCGUGUCUGCGUCUCUGCCGUCGAUCUCCCCAACAAGCGUGUCUACCUCAGCAUGCGUCCUUCCAAGGUCCUGAGUUCCGCACUACCCGUUGAGGACCGUCAGAUCACCGCCAUCCCUCAGCUGGUUGUCAACGAUGUUGUUCGUGGUUUCGUCAAGGCCGUCACCGACAAGGGUGUCAUCGUCAACCUUGGUCCUCGUGUCGAUGCCUUCGUUCGUGUCUCUGACUUGUCAGACCAGUUCGUCAAGGACUGGAAGUCAGCUGUCGAAAUUGAUCAGCUCGUCAAGGGAAAGAUCCUGCAAGUCGACGCAACUCUCAACCACGUUCAGAUGAGCUUGAAGCAGUCUCACGUCGACAAGGACUAUGUUCCUGCCAACUCUUUCGCCGACCUCAAGGUUGGUCAAUUUGUCACUGGUAAGGUUAGAAAGGUCGAGGAUUUUGGUGUCUUCAUCGAUGUCGACAACACUAUUCCUCGGGUCAGUGGUCUGUGCCACAAGAGUCAGAUCGCCGACUCUGCCGUCGAGGACGUUAAGAAGCUCUACGAUGCUGGUGAUCUCGUCAAGGCCAAGGUCUUGCACAUUGAUCGCGAGAAGCGCCGUAUCAGUUUCGGUCUCAAGGCCUCAUACUUCAAGGACCUUGACGGUGAUGAGGAUAUGGAAGAUGAGGAUGAGGACGAUGAGUCGGACGGUGAGGGUGUGGCCCUUGAGGAUGAUGCCUCAGAGUCUGACGAUGGCGUUGAUGUCGACAUGUCCAACGUGCAAGACAUGGAGAGCGACGAGGACGCGGAGAUGAGCGAAGACGAUGCGCCUGCCACUCGCAAGUCUAUCCUCGGUGGCUUGACCACCUCCGGCUUCGAUUGGAGCGGUGCUGCAGCCCUCGACAACGACGGCGCCAUCUCAGACGCCGAAGAAGCCUCUGCACCACUCAAGAAGCGUAAGCGCAAGGCUGCCAUCCAAGUCGACCAGACCGGCGACCUCGACGCCAACGGCCCUCAAUCUGUGGCUGACUUUGAACGUAUUCUCCUCACCUCUCCUUCGGACUCAUCCCUCUGGAUCCAAUACAUGGCUUUCCAACUCGGUCUCUCCGAAGUACAGAAGGCCCGCGACAUUGGCCAACGCGCCCUGCGUACCAUCCACCUCCGCGAGCAAGACGAAAAGCAAAACAUCUGGGUCGCCCUCCUGAACUUGGAAGUCGCCUACGGAGACGCCGACACCGUCGAAGCCACCUUCAAAGAAUCCUGCGCCGUCCAAGAUUCCUUCACCAUGCACGAAAAGCUCGCCGCCAUCUACACAUCAUCCGGCGACUUCCGCGCCGCCGAAAAGAUCUUUGAGCAAAUGGCCUCUACAAAAUCUUUCCGUCCCAACCCCAACUUGUGGUUAAACUAUGCGACUUUCUUGUUCGAAAAGAGAGAUGCUGCUGAUCAGGCUCGUGCGCUUUUGCCUCGCGCACUGCAAUCAGUAGCUUCCCACGAUCACCGCAACUUGACUUCUAAAUUCGCAGCUCUCGAGUUCCGCACCAGCACAGGAGACCCGGAGCGCGCUCGCACAAUCUUCGAAUCCAUGCUUACACAAUGGACGAAAUGGACACAGGGCUGGGAUAUGUGGUGUGAUCUUGAACGCAGCCUUUCCAAAGCUUCUGACAAGAAAGAAGAUGCGGAGAGAGUGAGAGCUUUGUUCGAGAGAAUGGCCAAUGGCAAGAUGAAGAAGAGGAGAGCGAGGUUUGUGUUCAAGAGAUGGUUGGAGUUUGAAGAGGAGCAGGGGGAUGCCAAGCAUGUUGAGGCUGUCAAGGCUAGAGCAAAGGCUUUUGUGGAGAAGAUGCAGAAUGGAGAGGAUGAGGAUGACGAGUAGAAGUGUUGCAUUAGCACAGUCUUGUUGAUGGCUGUUAGACAAAAUUACGGCGUUUUUUUCUUUCUUUCUUCAGUUGCGUCAUUUUUGGAGUUGUUUAUACCUUUUUUUGUCCCCCUUCCCAAUACACUAUUUCUCUACUUGAUUCCAUGAGAGUGGAGCGUAUGCUCUAUUGUCCUUUUCCUACAUCUUGCAAUCUUUCACCAUGGUCGGCAUCCAC